AGGUGGGAGGUCGCGGUCGCGUGCGGUGGGCUCAAGGGAGGACGCGCGGACUGGCUCGUGGAGAAGCUCGCGGAGCUCGGCGCGGCGUCGCUCGCGCCGACGCUCACGGCGCGCAGCGCCGUCACGAAGCGCGGGCGAGAGGGCCGGUGGGUCCGCGUCGCGGCGGCGGCGAGCAAGCAGUGCCUGCGGACGCACGCGCUCGUCGUCGAGAGCCCGUGCGCGUUCGACGCGCUGCUGCGACGCGUGCGCGACGCCCCCAUCGCGCUGCUCGCCGCCGCGGGCGCGCCGCCGCUUCGGGACGCGCUUCGGGACGCGGACGUCGACGACGGCGACGACGGAGAGACGGCGUCGGGGCCGGGGCGGGGCGCGACCGGGGGGCUGUUGAUCGUCGGGCCCGAGGGCGACUUCACCGAGGACGAGCUCGGGGCUCUGAUCGACGCGGGGGCGACGCCCGUGGGGUUGGGGCCGCUCAGGUUGAGGGUGGAGACCGCGGCGGUGGCGUUGAUGGCGUGCGUGGGGAUGAUGCACCCGCGGAAGCCUCCGCCGGGGUGUUGA